GAACAGAGACCGGCUCUACCAAGUACGGCAGCACUGAGGAUCGCACUUCGCCCUUCGGCUGUCGGUGAGCUGGAAGCAAACAAGCUCGCACCUAGCGUGCUCGGAGUGUCGAGCUCCAAUGGACAUGUAACAAAGAUAUGCCGCUGAAUCGCUUCUUUCAGGGCGUAGCGAGUGGUGAGCAGUUCACUACCAUGCGAUGGAGCGGGAGCUUCAGAUUCGGCCAAUUUGAUUGGUUGAAGCUAUGGUGGAGCUGUGGCCAUCCCAAGACGUCAUGUCUUCGGGCCACCGGAUUGACGCCGAACCGACCUCGGCAAGCUAUCGCCGGUAACAUCAUCUCACAGCAACUCUCAGUUGGACAUCACUGGCUGCCACCGUAGGGCAGUUCGCCUUGGUACCGCCAUACCCAGGCCUGCAGUUGCAUGGGCUGACCACUCGCUGAGCUUCCGGUCUCCAAUUCCCUCUUCACAACCCUCCGAAAACAGCGAGCCGAACAACAACAUCAACUCAACCCACGGCGGCCACCACAGACAGCAAUGGCCUCCGCCCUCAACCCACGACACCUCCCCCUCCGCCUGGCCCUCCGCCCACGCCUCCCCCUCCUCCCCAGCACUUCCAGCACCACCACCACCACCACCCCUCCCUCCUGUCUCCCCAUUCCAACCAGCAUCCGCCUCCCCCCGCGCCGCCACAAGUCCGGGCCGUACGGCUACACGCUGGCCAAGACGCUCGUGUUCAGCCGCUUCGGCGAGCCGCGCGACGUGCUCUCGCUGCACACGCACUCCAUCUCGCCGGCGCUGCCCGACGGCGCCGCGCUGCUGCGCGCGCUGGCCGCGCCCGUCAACCCGGCCGACGUCAACACCGUGCAGGGCACGUACGGCGCCAAGCCCGCGUUCGAGCGGCUUUUGGGCACUCCGGAGCCGGCGGCUGUGCCCGGGAAUGAAGGGUGUUUUGAGGUUGUUGCCAUUGGCGGGGGUGCAGGUGGGGGUGGGGGGUUGAAAAAGGGCGACUGGGUGAUACCCGCGCAGAGCGGGUUCGGCACGUUCCGGACGCACGCGCUGGUCGAGGGCGCGGAGCGCAAGCUGAUCCGGGUCGGCGGGGCGAAGGGCCGGGAGGGCUUGCGCGCGGCGCAGGUGGCGACGGUGAGCGUCAACCCGUGCAGCGCGUACCGGAUGCUGCGCGACUACGUGGACCUGGUGGACCUGAGCGUCCAGAGCUUCGCGCGGGGCGACGGCGCGACGGGCGGCGCCUGGUUCGUGCAGAACGGCGCCAACAGCGGGGUCGGCCGGGCGGCCAUCCAGCUGGGCCGCCUGUGGGGCCUGCGCAGCAUCAACGUCGUGCGGGAGCGGGCGACGCCGGAGGAGACGGCCGCGCUGAAGCGCGAGUUGGCGGAGCUCGGGGCCACCGUUGUCGUGACCGAGAGCGAGUUCCUCGACCGGUCCUUCGCGGACCGGCUGCGCGACGAGUGGACGCGCGGCGGCCGCGAGCCCGUCAUGCUGGGCCUCAACUGCGUCGGCGGCAAGUCGGCGGCCGCCAUGGUCAAGGCGCUGAGCCCCCGGGGUUGCAUGGUCACGUACGGCGGCAUGUCGCGGCAGAGCUUCCCGUUCCCAACCGGGCAGCAGAUCUUCAAGCGGCUGCGCUUCGAAGGCUUCUGGCUGAGCGAGUGGGCCAAGGAGAACCCGGCCGCGAAGCGCGACACCAUCAACGAGAUCCUGGAGCUGAUGAGGGAGGGCAAGUUUAAGGAGGCGCCGCUCCAGGAGGUCGAGUGGAACUGGGACACGGAGGAGUCGGUGCUCAAGGACACCAUCCAGGGCACGCUGGAGGGCUUCCGGCCCGGGAAGAGCAUCUUUGUGUUCAAGGACACAUAGCAGUCUGCGGAUCCUCCAAUGAAUCCGGUGUACCAUAGUGUCCGAACUUCAGUAAUGCCAAUAUGAGUGUAAAAUACCCAUCUACCUCUUGUUGAGCUUACGCGUGAGCAACCCUCUCGGAAUCCUGGUCCCAUCCCAGUGUCAGUCAACUCCAACGAUGUUCAUGUAU